AUGAGUUUUCCGUCACAAUCAAGCCGCUCCAACAAUGCAUUCGUCACCCUCCUAACAUCGGACCACUACCUGCCAGGCGCUCUCGUCUUGGCAGAGUCUCUUCGUAUCAGUCAUGGCAUCUCCAAGAAGGGCAAACAGAGGGCGGCCACUUCCACCUCGUCAGCAGCAGCUGGUUUUCAGGUGGUCGCGCUCAUCACCCCAGACACCCUCUCGGUCCAGUCCAUCAAAGCCUUGCGACGAAGCGGCUUGUUCGAUUGGAUCGUCGGCGUAGAACCCAUAGGCUUCCGCCAGAUCCUCGCUACCUCAAACACCGCCGAUGCCGCCUCCCUCAUGCCCGCAACGCUCGACUCGGAUCUCAACACCAAGAUCGAAGAAAUGGAACGCAAUCUUGGUCUUCUCGGUCGACCUGAUCUUACCAACACGCUCACCAAACUGCACGCUUGGAGGCUCGGCCGCGAUUCGGCACACCUCGUCACCUACAGCGCCUCUUCCGUUCGAGGCCCCACCCAGAUAUGGACAGGUUUUGACAAGAUCGUAUUCCUGGACGCAGAUGCAUUGGUGCUUCGUCGCAUCGACCAUCUGUUCCAACUCGGCAGCAAUGUGCACUUCGCAGCAGCACCUGAUACCGGCUGGCCAGAUGCUUUCAACAGCGGUGUCAUGAUGCUGAGGCCAUCCACCAAAACUUUUGAAGCCAUCCGAUCAUUCGCUCGGACGACUGGCUCGUGGGACGGCGCCGAUCAAGGUCUGCUCAAUGAUUUCUUCGGCCCAGAGGAUGGCAUGGACGAUGACACCAGCAAUGCUGGCGCUGCAUCGGCUCCUGGUGGCGGCUGGAAGAGGCUCAGCUUCCGCUACAAUGUCACCAGCCACGGAGGCUACACCUUCGCGCCCGCAUACCAACGCUACGGACAGUCGAUCAACAUCGUUCACUUCAUCGGUCAGAACAAGCCCUGGAAUCGACCGGGUCCCUCCGGCACUGCUCAGCCCAAUCCGCUCGUGGCACCGCGCGACCUCGACAGCCAUCCCAUCACACCCGAUCAACCCGACUAUCUGCUUGCGUUGUGGCACAGCGCUUUUGCAUCCCUCUAUCCUUCAUCGGGCUCUGCAUCACCAGACAGCGAGAUUGAGAUCCUGCACACGGAACGCGGCGUCGAGGUGGUCGAGCGUCGCAAGUUCACCGUGCCCACUUUCCAUGCCGUUUGGGACGCAGAGGAGCGCGAGGAGGACUCCGCCUUUUCCGGUCAGGAAAGCGUCCGCGCUUUCGGUGGCGCGGCGGCACAGAGAAGACCGCCGGUCUGCGAAGCUGCGUACGUCAGUCUGCCUCUCGACGGAAGAACUUCACUGAUCGCACCCGUGCCCGACGUAGCUCGCUCGCCGUCUCCCCCCACCCCGACGCAAGAAAGCAUCGACGCCGCAGCGCGAAGCAAGGAGGGCUCCAAUGGCGCAGCUGAACCCGGACCUGUGUCUGCUCCUGUUGCCAUCCCCAGUCGUCCAAGUGCGGACAACCGAGACGACAGCGAUGACUCUCCACACUACUCGCCGCCGAAGUUGUCGUGGAAUCCGGCUCACGAGCCUCCUCCCACCGGCUCGGACGCCUCUCUUCACCAGAUGCGUAUCCCCAUCGACAGUUUCUACUCCAACAUCUGGGAUUCUGGCGCACGAACGCCACGCACACUCGCCGAGCAGAAGGCCGCCUUCUUUGUGCCCCAAAACGCCUCGAAGGAAACCGGCGGUCACUCUCAAGGCGGGCCUGGAUAUAUUCCCGCACAGCUCCGACGUGAUCAUGUCUUUGACAAUCUGGGAUCACACCAACCAGAUCCGAGCAAAGUCAAACCGAUCUUCCCAUGGGAGUCGAGCCAGCAAAAGUCAGGCGCACCUGCACGUGUAUUCCCAGACGAGCCUCGUCGUCCUUCUCCUCCGUCGUCCGGGAACACAUCUUACUCACAAGCCAACCCGCGUCCGGCACCCCCUGCGCCAGCACCAGUACAGCGCGCUCGAGGCCUGCCCGCGAAUCUGUCCUUCGUCAACGCGUGGGAUCAGGCAGGGGCCAUUGGCAGCUUCGCCGAUGCCUGGAAUCGACACACGCAUCCACCAAAGUCGCCUCACAGGCGCAGAUCUCAGGCCCCUGGAGCGAGUCCCAGAGGAUCCAGCCCGAGGGAGACUGGCACUUCCCGAACUCCGGACGAUCGCAGGAAGAACGGCCGAGGAGCCGGUGGAGUGCAACGCGUCGAUUCACCAACGAACCUGUCCCGUCCUCAGUCCGGGAUCGUGUCGGAACGCAGGUCAAGCUUGCAGGAAGCAGAUGAUGUGCGCGAGGGGGAAGCAUCCGACAGCAGGGAUGGCGACGACGAGUCUUCUUCUGGCGAAGAGGACUCUGGCAAGGAAGAAACAUUGCGGGUCGCCCCUUCGCGUGGCGAGACGCCUUCGCCCGUCAACUCGCGUCAAGCAGCCAGACCGCGCGAAGGGCCAGGUCGAGGUUACAUGAGAAAAGCGGAGAAUUCGAUGCACGCUCAGAUGCAUGCGACGCCGCGAAGCCCGAGGAUGACGUCUCGCGUGCUCUCCUACACGUCGACGGCGACCGAAGGCGAGGGCGGGGGCGGCGGUAGAUUCUCCUCCUCGUCAAGCAGCGCAUCCAAUUCGACGGUAAGAGGCGAAGGUGCAGCAGCGGCGAGGCAGAGAGCUAGGGACCGACUGAAGCCAGAUGGAUGGAUCUCGACAGGAUCUGCUGGAUCUGGAAUGGGCUCUCCUCCUUCUGGUUACCCUUCCGCUUCCGCGCUUCGUGGCAUUCCCGAAGGCGCCUCUGCAAGACCCGCCUAUGUGCCAUCCAACGUCAAUGUGCCCGGGCGAAGACGCGAGACCAAUUCGUCCAACGAAUCGCAGUCCGGCGAGUCGGGUACCAAUUCACCCACCGCCCUGCUUAGCCCUGCACUCGGCACGGCCGGCGCCACGAUGCCAUUCGCCAUCAGCGGUGCCUUCACACAUCCUCGCAAUAUCGCAUCGUCAUCACAGACGCUGCGCGAAAGGGGUCCCGUUCAACAUCCGACAGUCUUGGAUGAGCCGUUCAGUUCUAGCCCGGUUCAGUCGAGGGCAGAGCUCUCGCAGCAAGCGAGGGCGCAUCAACAAGCCAAGUACGGUGCUCAAGGCAGGGGUAAUCGACCCUACUGA